GUCGACUCGGUAGUCGGUCCUCGCCCUCGCCUCCUCGCGUCGCCUACCUCCCGUGGAAGCGAGAAAACAACCAGACAAACACGAAACACACAGGUCCGAAUCCAAAUCUAGCGCCCGCGUCGCGAUCUCGCAGCCUUCACCCCCAACCACUCCCGCGGCGGCGGCGGCGCCGAUCCCGCCUUGGGCUCGCGCGUCGGCAACUCCGGCGCCACGUCCUCCUCCCCCCUUCGCGGCGGCGCUCGGGAGGUGGGCGGCGGCUGCGGCUGCGAUCGCGCCAGCGGAGCCGCCUCUUCGCCCUCGGUGCCGCCGGGCCUGAUCCGAUCCCGCCGGCGGAAUGGCAUCCAAUGUCCGUUUUACAGUGGGUUCUCAAGUUUGGGUUGAGGAUGCGGAUUUGGCUUGGAUUGAUGGGCUGGUGGAGGAGGUCCAGGGAGAUGAAUUAAUAAUAAACUGCAGUUCUGGGAAGAAGGUUACUGCCAAUGUCUCAAGUGUGUAUCCUAAGGAUGCAGAAGCAAAGCGCUGUGGUGUUGAGGAUAUGACAAGGCUGGCUUAUCUGAAUGAACCAGGGGUUCUACAAAACUUGAAGUCUAGAUAUGCAAUGAAUGAAAUAUAUACUUAUACUGGUAACAUAUUAAUAGCUGUCAACCCAUUUCAAAGACUUCCACACCUUUACAACAAUCACAUGAUGGGAAUUUAUAAAGGAGCAGAAUUCGGCGACCUGAGCCCACAUCCUUUUGCCAUCGCGGACCGUGCAUAUAGGCUUAUGAUUAAUUAUGGUAAAAGCCAAGCCAUAUUAGUGAGUGGUGAAAGUGGAGCUGGUAAGACAGAAAGCACUAAAAGUCUUAUGCAGUAUCUUGCAUUUAUGGGUGGCAAGGCUCAAUCUGGAGGAAGGUCAGUGCAACAACAAGUACUGGAGUCCAAUCCUGUUCUUGAGGCAUUUGGAAAUGCAAAAACAGUCAGGAAUAACAAUUCGAGUCGUUUCGGCAAAUUUGUUGAGAUCCAGUUUGACCAGAAUGGGAAGAUUUCAGGAGCUGCCAUAAGGACUUACCUCCUUGAAAGAUCUCGUGUCUGUCAAAUAUCUGAUCCAGAAAGGAACUAUCACUGCUUUUACAUGCUUUGUGCUGCACCACCUGAGGACCGUGAGAGAUAUAAAUUAGGAGAUGCUGCAUCAUUUCACUAUCUUAAUCAGUCUAGUUGCAUUAAACUUGAUGCGAUGGAUGAUGCUUCAGAAUAUAUCACAACUAGGAGGGCGAUGGAUAUUGUGGGCAUUAGUUCUGAUGAACAGGAUGCAAUAUUUAGAGUUGUAGCUGCUAUUCUUCAUUUGGGCAAUGUGGAAUUUUCAGAAGGGAGCGAGGCAGAUUCUUCUGUACCCAAAGAUGAAAAAUCCCAGUUCCAUCUUAAGACAGCUGCAGAGCUUUUCAUGUGUGAUGAAAAGGGUCUUGAAGAAUCUUUGUGUAAGCGUGUUAUGGCAACACGUGGUGAAAGUAUUGUGAAAAUUUUAGAUGCACGAGCAGCAGCUCUUAGUAGAGAUGCAUUGGCCAGAAUUGUUUACUCUCGUUUGUUUGAUUGGCUUGUAAAUAAGAUCAAUAGUUCAAUAGGACAAGAUCUGAGCUCAAAGCUUCUGAUUGGUGUGCUGGAUAUAUAUGGUUUUGAGAGUUUCAAGACAAACAGUUUUGAGCAGUUCUGUAUCAACUUAACUAAUGAGAAGCUGCAGCAACACUUUAAUCAGCACGUGUUUAAGAUGGAGCAAGAAGAAUAUACGAAGGAAGAAAUUGAUUGGAGUUAUAUCCAGUUUGUGGACAACCAAGAGAUUCUUGAUCUUAUUGAGAAGAAACCAGGGGGUAUAAUUGCUCUACUGGAUGAGACUUGCAUGUUGCGAAAUUCAACCCAUGAAAUAUUUGCUGAAAAGCUUUAUCAAAAAUUUAAAGGCAACCCGCACUUCAGUAGGCCAAAAUUUGCGCGGUCUGAUUUCACUAUUCAUCACUACGCUGGAAAUAUAUGCAUUGCACCAGAAGAAAAGGUGAUGAAAGAGAAGUUGUGGCACAUGUUCAUCUUCCUUUUCUUGGUUACAUAUCAAACAGAUCUGUUCUUGGAUAAGAACAUUGAUUAUGCUGUGAAUGAGCAUCAAGUUUUAUUAAAUGCUUCUAGAUGUUCAUUUGUUUCAAGUCUUUUCCCACCUUCUGAAGAAUCAAUUAAAUCCACGAAAUUUACAUCGAUAGGUUCGAGCUUUAAGCAACAAUUACAAGCGUUGCUGGAAACUCUGAGUGCAACAGAACCACAUUAUAUACGCUGCAUAAAGCCCAAUAAUGUUCUCAAGCCAGCAAUUUUCGAGAACAGUAAUGUUCUCCAGCAACUACGAUGUGGGGGAGUAUUAGAGGCGAUAAGGAUAAGCUGUCUAGGAUAUCCAACGAGGCGUAGAUUUGAUGAAUUUGUUGAUCGUUUUGGUGUCUUGCUACCUGAAGUACUUGGUGAAAGUUAUGAUGAAGUUACUGCUACAAACAUGCUCCUUGAGAAAGCCAAUCUCACAGGCUAUCAGAUAGGGAAAACUAAAGUGUUUCUGCGGGCUGGUCAAAUGGCUGAGUUAGAUGCUCUGAGAACUGAGGUGUUGGGCCGGUCUGCUACCAAAAUCCAGAGAAAAGUUCGGUCUUACCUGGCUCGCAAAAAUUUCAUUCAACUUCGAAUAUCUGCUACCCAUCUUCAGGCUAUUUGCAGAGGACAAAUUGCAAGACAUCAUUAUGAAGAUCUCCGCAGGCAGGCUGCUUCAUUGACAAUACAAGCCUGCUAUCGUAUGCACUUUGCAAGGAAGAACUACAGAAAUCUCUGUUCCGCAUCAACUACUAUCCAAUCUGGUCUACGUGGUAUGGCUGCUCGCAACGAACUCCAUUUCCGUCUGCAAACAAAAGCUGUGGUCAUUAUUCAGAGUUUCUGGCGUAGUUAUGGAGCACGCUCUCGGUACACGAGCUUGAAGAAGGCAGCUGUUACUACACAAUGUGCUUGGAGAGGAAGAGUUGCCAGAAAAGAACUCCGGAAACUUAAAAUGGCUGCUAAAGAAACUGGUGCUCUCCAAGCUGCCAAGAAUAAAUUAGAGAAGCAAGUGGAGGAGCUCACCUGGCGUCUGCAACUAGAGAAACGCAUCAGGACUGACAUGGAAGAAGCUAAGACACAAGAAAAUAGGAAGUUGCAACAACAAUUGCAGGAACUACAAUUACAAUCCAAGGAGACAAAAGAUCUGUUGAAAAGGGAACAAGAAAUCGCGAAAGAAGCACUGGAGAAAGCUGCCUUAGUACCAGAGGUCAAAGUUGAUACAACUCUUGUUGAUAAACUCACUACUGAAAAUGAGAAUCUAAAGGCUUUAGUGGGCUCUCUUGAGACCAAAAUUGAUGAAACAGAACAAAAGUUUGAAGAAAUGAAGAAAGCUAGGGAAGAGUGGAUGAAAAAAGCUGCAGAUGCCAAGUCAAAGAUAAAUGAACUGACUAACACAAUGCUAAGUUUUCAAGAAAAGGUAACCACUAUGGAAGCAGAAAAUCAAUUACUUCGGCAGCAGGCACUGUUGCGUACUCCUGUUAGAACAAUACCCGAGAAUUCAUCUCCAAAAUCUAAUUUGACUAAUGGCAGUCCACGUAGUGAACAAACGACACCUCAUGGCACCCCUCCAGCUCCCAAGGAAUAUGGGAGCUUUGCACAGCCUAGGGCAUCCUUUUUUGAAAGGCAGCAUGAGAGUGUUGAUGCACUUAUAAACUGUGUUAGUGAAAAUAUUGGCUUUAGUGAAGGAAAGCCAGUUGCUGCAAUAACCAUAUAUAAGUGUCUUGUGCAUUGGAAGAUCUUUGAAACAGAAAAAACAAGUGUUUUUGAUCGUCUUAUUCAAAUUUUUGGUUCUGCAAUGCAGAAACAUGAUAGCAAUGAGGAUCUUGCAUACUGGUUAUCAAAUUCGUCGACUUUAUUGAUCAUGCUUCAAAAGAGCCUAAAAGCUGCUGGCACAACAGGAACUAGUCCACUGAAGAGACCACAGACUCAGUCAUCAUUUCUUGGGAGGAUGGUAUUCCGCUCCUCAAACAUCACUGUUGAUAUGGACCUUGUGCGCCAAAUCGAGGCCAAGUAUCCUGCUUUUCUUUUUAAGCAGCAACUUUCAGCAUUUGUGGAAGGCUUAUAUGGAAUGAUCUGUGACAAUUUGAAGAAAGACCUUUCUUCUUUGCUGUCAUAUGCUAUUCAGGUCCCAAGAACUGUUAAAGCUAGUAUGGUGAGAGGGCGUUCUUUUGGAUCGUCAAGUUUGCCAAGGGGACGUUCAUUUUCAAAUCAAGCUAGUUAUUGGCAGGCAAUGGUCGAUAAUUUGAAUGAACUCUUGAAAAUUUUGCAAGACAAUUGUGUCCCAUCUAUUUUUAUCCGGAAGAUAUUUACCCAGGUUUUCUCAUUUAUCAAUUCACAACUUUUCAAUAGCCUUCUUGUACGUCAUGAGUGCUGCUCUUUCAGUAAUGGAGAGUAUGUGAAACAAGGAUUGGCUCAACUAGAGGCAUGGUGUGGAGAAGUCAAGCCAGAGUAUGCAGGAUCUGCAUUGGAUGAACUCAGACAUAUCAGGCAAGCUGUUGGUUUCUUGGUCAUAUUCAAAAAGUUCAGGAUUUCAUAUGAUGAGAUAGUCAAUGAUCUCUGCCCAGUACUAAGUGUACAGCAGCUCUACAAAAUAUGCACUCAGUACUGGGAUGACAAAUAUAACACAGAGAGCGUGUCAGAAGAGGUCCUUGAGGAGAUGCGAACACUGAUAACCAAGGAAUCAAACCAGGACAAUCUGGAGAACACCUUUUUACUGGAUGACGAAAUUAGCAUGCCCAUAUCACUUGAAGAGAUAGCAGAUUCUAUGGAUGCCAAAGAAUUUCAGAAUGUCACCUCGCCACAAGAACUUACUUCAAUGCAUGCCUUCCAAUUCUUGAAGAGCUGAGCCCUCAAAGGGCCAGAGACACUUCUUUUUCCUCACAGUACGUUGCUGCAUGGGCAUAUACCUCUGCAUUCUUCCAUCAUAUGAUGUAAAUUCAACCUAGGGUUUCCUUCACCCCUGUUGUGCUAUGUAAUUAUUUUUUGUCUAGAUAGGUUGGUUUGCUGUUCUCAAGUUUCAAUUGGCUGGGUUGGGAAUAGGUUUUUUCGUUCUGCCCUCCCAAAAUGUAUGUGUGCAGUAUUCAUAGACUGAAAGCAUCAUUUUUCUCAAGGUAGCAGCUAGGAAUUCCUUGAAAAUCAUUCUUUUAUCCAAAUUUUGUCAGAUUUGGUUCUGCAUAACAAUGUGAAUAACUUGUAUAGUCAAAUUAUUUUUGAAGGAAACAAUGUGUUUCGGACUUGUC